AUGUGCGAAAACCAGGGCCUCGAGACACCAUUGUCCAGUUUAACCACAGCAGAACGAACAGCGAUGAGUCGCUCGAGACCAAGCUUUCUGGAUCAGGAACCACCGCCAGGAUAUGUUGCGGGUAUUGGAAGAGGUGCGAUUGGGUUUGCAUCAAAGGCGGAGUCUGCUCAGAGCAGCUAUAGGCGGCCUUCUAGAUUGAACGAAGGACAUGCAAGCGGCAAUAGGGAGAGCGGGCUGCAGCAGGAAGCUGCGCUGGAGCAGUUUAAAGAUCACGAUGAAGAUAAAGAGGCAGAUGAGAUCUACGCGGCUUUGGAUAUAAGGCUGACCAAGAAGACGGCAAAACAGCCCCAGCGAAGUGCAGAUAGCGAUAAAGUGAAAAACACCCAAGAUUAUUUUGUUGACCUGAAGCGCCAGCUGGCUGGUCUCACGGAGUCCGACUGGAUGAGCAUUCCGGAUGCUGGUGAUCUUACCCGGAGGAAUAAGCGGCAACGGUCGGAAUACCAACAGCAGCUGAAAACAUAUGCGGCGCCCGAUUCGCUGCUUCCAGGUGCACGCGUAGAUCUGAUGAAGCUCACAGAGGAACGCGAAAAGCUCUUAGGGCACCAGCUUGAUGCUAACUUCCAGCCAGAUACUCAGAAACAGGUUGCAUCUACUGAACAGUACCUGGCGGAGCUGGAAUCGAGCACAUCAACCGCCGAACUUGAAGCACCUUCUCAAGAUGUCACAAAAGCCCGCAAAAUGUUGGCUGCAUACAGACGGUCCGACCCAAAACAGCCACAAGGAUGGAUAGCCUCUGCUAAGUUGGAGGAGCGCGUAAAUCGGUUUCACUCCGCUAAAGCAAUUAUCGAUCAAGGCUGCCAAGAGUGCCCAAGGGAUGAGGAUAUAUGGCUAGAAAAUAUUCGUCUAAAUUCUUCUGAUGUCAACUAUUGUAAGAUAAUUGUGGCUCAGGCCAUCCAAUUUAAUUCGAAAAGUGAAAGGCUGUGGCUGACUGCAAUUGAACUCGAGGGUGAAAAUUUCAAUAAGCUUCGAGUUGUCAGGAAGGCGUUACGGAACAUUCCUAAAAGUGAGAAACUCUGGAUACUUGCUGUUCGGUUAGAACCUGAUACGAAGGAGGUGGUCAAAAUACUUUCCAAAGCUACCCAGAUACUGCCUACUAGUCCGCAGCUUUGGAAGCUGCUAAUUAAGAACCAGGGGCCAGAUGAAAUACGGACAACCAUCCAAGAAGCCCGGAAAUCGAUGCCGCACAACGUUGAUCUAUGUAUUUUGGAGGCAGAUAUUAAGCUACAAGCCACGACAGACGAGUCCAAAAAGUUGCAGUUACUAUCAGAAAGUAUUAAAAGUGUUUCUAGUGAUAACAAGCCGCUAACUUUUAAUCAGUGGCUCGUUUACAUUACAAAUGCUGAACUGGACGCAUGUUCGCCAAAGACAAUAAUGGCCCUUGUUGGGGCGUGUUUCACUGAAUUUGCUACUGAAGUGCAAGUAACAGAAGUUCUAGCUAUGUUACAGACUGUUAAAUCUGAGAGUAAGGUUACAAAAUUAUCUGUUUGCCGAUGUCUCGCUCUUCGCGAUCCUUCAAAACUUACCUUUUGGUCAUACUAUAUUGAUCUUUGUCGUAAUGAAGGCGAAUGUAGCCAUCUAUAUGAAACUUGGGAAACACUAUUGAAAGGCGUGACAAUGGUAAAGAAAUAUCCGGCGAUAUUAUUAAUGUAUUCAAAAGAGAUCUGGAAAAUGGAAAACGAUGAAGUUCGAGCCCUAAGCAUCUUAGAUAAAGGUAUAGCCAUCAAACCAGAUCACCUUGCAUUCUGGAAUGCCAAACUGAAAUUAUUGCUAACAAUGCGCGACUAUGAAACAGCGGAAUCUACAUUGAUGCAUAUGAAGGAUAGCAUCUGCUUUACACAAGCAGCAGGAAGAGACAGGCUCAUCCGCGAUUAUGUCAUCUUUUUGUGCUUUCGUGGUAACCAUGACGGAGCUGUAGGCUUCUUGAACUCAAUGCUAUCCAAGGAUCCCGAAAAUCCUCAACUGUACCUGCUACUUUCCCGCGUCUACUCAGAAACUUCGCACCUCACUAAAGCCCUGGAUCUUCUCUCUUCGGCAGUGAAAAAGUUACCUUCAUCUGAUAAACUCUGGAUACAACUUGCUUAUCUGCAGGAACAUGAUUUGAACACGAUAAAGGCGCGUUCGACUCUGGAGUUAGGCCAGUUAAAGAAUUCCAGCUCCAUUGCACUCUACGAAGCGCGUGCUGAACUAGAAGACAGGUUAGGUAACCGAGAACAUGCCAGACUUUUAGUGCAAGAAGGAAUUCGGAAAUUUCCCAAAAGCCCUGAAUUAUGGGUUCUCAACAUUAGGUUUUUGGCCCGCAAAUCGCUCAGGAAAACUAUGUUCCAGGAUGCGCUUAAGAAUACUGAUAGUCAUGGAACCGUCUUGGUCGAAAUUGGCAAAUUGUUCUACAUCGAGAAGCAAUAUGAAAUGGCUUUAAAAUGGUUUGAACGCGCAAGUGAGACCUUCCCAAGGCUAGGCGACGGUUGGGCUUGGUAUUAUCAAACGCUAAGUAAGCUCGGAAAAGAUACCAGCGGAGUCCUACGUUCCGCCGAAGAGCGAGAACCAGAUUCUGGGAAAUUAUGGGAUCACGUCUGCGAGAAAAAUAAAACAUUAUAUGCUUUACCUUCUGAUAUUAUACGGCUAUGCAGGUCUGAAAUAGAGCGCGGAGCAUGGCAAUAA